ACAAUUCCCAAUCAUAGACUGGAUCACACCCACACCAGACUUCCUGAUACCUCAACACGACACCAUGAUGGCAUGUUUGAACACCCAAGGUGCAGUACCACCGCAAUUACCAGAAUUCUGGCACUUUGCUGUGAGAGACCAAACAGUGAAGGUUGAAGUCUCUACCAAAAGCAAUCCAGUAUGUUUCAAGUGCAGGCAGAGAGGACAUAUGGGAACGGAUCCAAGAUGCCCAAAGAACGCAGACUCUGCAAGGAACAAACCGCUGAAAUGGACCAACCUUGAAGAGGUAGAGGGGGAGCCUGGUUUCUGGUUUGUCAGGGAUGCCAAAUAUAUCGGAUGGGUUUUCAACGAGAAUCUGGAGACCCCAGAUUGGGUCUGGGUGCUGGGGGGAGCACCCUCGCAAAGGCCAGACAUCUACCCACCUUCAGACAACAGCUGGCAAACCAAGAAUGUAGGCAAAAAAUCCCCCAAAAUCUUCACAACAGACCAGGUUCUAAACAAACAAAGAGUCCAGGAAGAGAGGAGGUUGAGAGACCUCCAAAUGGACCUAGACGAAACAGGAGAACUGGCUGAAAGAAGAUGGACAGAAGUGGUCAAAGAAAGAGGAGCGAACGGAAUGCAGACAGACCCAGCGGCCAACAACGCAACAAGCAGCAUACAAUACACGCGCAAAGGGAACUCAGGAACGACGCAAAGAAAGGAAACCACUGCAGAUCAGGAGAACACAAGAGAACAGGAUGUGAAAAUGACAGAGGACAGGAGAAUUGGGGUAAAAAGAAAGGGAGAGGAAAUCACAAAAGAAGAAGCUAUGGGAAGAGAAACAGAGGAGGAAUACCAUCACGGGCAGGAGGAAGAAGAGUGGGAGAACAGACCCAUCGAGAAGAUCAAGGAAUACAUCCAAGUAAUGAAGGCUCAGAGGGCAAGUAUGUUCGAAUUACAUAUGGCUUAUGUGAGAGAAGAGGAGAAGGCAAGAGGAGGCGAGAUCCCACUCACGACCAACCCCUACGAACCUCUGAACGAAGAAGAAGAAAUGGUCGAAUACUACGCCCAACAGUAUUGUAGAAUCAAGAAGGACCAGACAAGGAAGCAAAAGGCCAGAGAGGGGGGUGAAGAGCAGAGAGAAGAAGGAGGAUGGAGAGAGGACAGAUACAAAAUGCCCGAGUUACCAGAGACCUAUAACAAAAAGAGGAAAGCGGAGGAAAAGAAGAAAGGUAACCCGAAAGGAGGCAAAGGAAAGGGAAGCAAAGAACAAGGAGAGAAUGCAAAGGGGCAAGGAGAAAAAGGCAAGAACGGGAACAAGUCUCAGAUGCAACAAGAGCAAGGAGAACAGAUCAAUGAGCGAGAAUCCCUCUUGUUACAGUCCGAAGUCUUGGAAGCACAAGUCCAAAGACUAGCAGACUUGAACGAAGAAAUGAGGCUAAAAACGGUCACAGUGGGAUCUCUGAACGAAUGCACGCAGACCGAAUUCUGGAAUAAGGCGGCAGCAACAAGCAAGAUGAUCCUGCCCUCCAGAACAAUCUUGGCUAUGAUGUUCGAUGAACUGACAGAGGAGUGGCAGAUCGCCACAGCAGCCAACUUCGCCCUUCCCAGACUCCAGAGGGGACAAAGCAUAAAGGAGAAGCUUACAUUUGCAGUUUUAGAAAAAGUACCAACCAAAAUUGGAUUGUUAGGUGCAAUACUGAGAGUGUCCACCACCAAUGGAAGGGAGAACGACGACAAAGAAGACUCCCUUGAUUUAAUAUUCCGUUCAACCAAUUAUGCUGCUCAAGGCGCGCCUGCCUUUGAUUUGUCGGCUGCUGAGAGGCCAACGAUUGCCGCUGCUGCUGUUGCUGCUGAGGCAACAGUGAUUGCCUUCGCUGUUGAUGCUGAGGCGACGGUAGCUGCCUCUGCUGCUGUUGCUGCUGCUGUGCUGGAGAGAAUGUAGUGCAUGCUGCUAUUCCAUGCGGAAAUUGCAAAAUAAAAAAUCCGGGGGGUC